AUGGGACAAUCCCCACCCACACGAGCAGCGAGCAUCAGCGCGCUCCUCGCUGGCCCACUGCCCAGCGUCAUCGUCACCCCGCCCACGCCGCGCCCGCUCCUCGCCAGCCUGGACGACUACUUCGCCCCCACUGGGCCAGAGUACGACCCCGACCUGCUCGGCUACGGGCUCGUCUACCCCCGCCCGCAGGACACACAGGUGCGCAUCCGCGCCCAGCGCCGCCGGAGAGCAGCACCACCCACACGCGACCUCGACGACCUGUGUACCGCGCAGAUUCCUGGUCUGAUGGCCACGGCCGUCGCGCUCGGCUUGCCCUUCCCAGCCAGCAUACGCUCCUUUAGCAAACCCCGCACGCGCUCCCACCUCGGCAUGUUCCUCACCCUGCUCUUCUUCACGGUCGUCGUGUCCGCCGUGCUGCAUACCCAGGUCGACACGCGCGUCGUCGGCAUCACGAUGCCGUCCCACCAGCACAAGCACGACUACGAGUCCCUCGUCGUCGAUCUCCCACCACGGCGUGUGGUCAAGCUCGAACAUGUUAUAGAGGCCGGCGCAUUCCACUAG